GCAAAGCGUCCAGUUUAGCAAACGCGGUGUUUUCACACUUGAAAGUACCCUGAUUGUCGAAGAAGGAGUCAAGCAAGGCUGGUGGAAACAUUCUAGAAAAGGACCGGGGCACACAGGAUGGCGGUACCUAGUGGCAAACACAGGACAAACAAUGUUUUGGUGACGGUCGGUGUGCCCAGAUGAGUUGGCGUAGAAAUGGAUGAUGCUGGAUUGCAUUUCCGGCAUCGUAGUUCAUUGGCCUAGGAGCAAGGCAUCCGCGAGUGAGAUGAUUGUGUCGGAUAGUUUCCUUGAUUUCCAGGACCACCUCGGAGUUGAACGGUCGAUGGUUGUUGGCCUUGGGCUAGCCUUCGUAUUGUUCGGCUCGGAACCUUCCUGCUCGGCUAACUUUUCGAAUUUUCCCGCACCCUGCACCCUCCAACACCACGCUUCCAUUCUUCUCUCCGCGCGUCUAUCCUUCUAUAUAUCUCGCACCUCCUUCCCUCUGAAUCUCACUGAUCUUCACAGCAUCAACCAUAACAGUAGGUGGCUUAAUUCGAGAACAAAACCAAAAAAAAAGAAUUUUUUUUCACAGGUCGUCAUCUCGCAUCCGUCCGGUCGACUUCGUACCCCGCACCAAGGUUGAAAAAAACAACUUAGAGAAGCAGAGAAUCGUCAUUAUUAUCACCAUGCCGGGCACCAAAAUCAUUAAGACGGACGUGCCGACUGAGCGCGAACGUGAGGAACGUGGUACAAAGCGCACACGAACACAAUCGCUACCCCCACCAGAUCUCCCCAAGCUGGUUGCUGAGCAACAUGCUCCUAUCCCUAGCAGCGACAAAGACACUCAACGUCUGAUAGUCGUCCUGUGCAAUGCGACGCUCGAGACAUACAAGGCUUCGCAUGGCUCCGGUCGGGGCCCCGGCGCGCGAGAAGACAAGUACAACUUGUUGAACAGCGACGAUCACAUCGGUGUCAUGCGUAAAAUGGGCCGCGACAUCAGCGAGGCGCGACCAGACAUCACCCACCAGUGUCUCCUCACUCUGCUGGACUCGCCUGUCAACAAGGCCGGCAAGCUACAGAUAUACAUCCAAACUUCACGCGGCGUGCUCAUCGAGGUCAGCCCGACUGUGAGGAUUCCUCGUACCUUCAAACGAUUUGCCGGCCUUAUGGUGCAGCUUCUGCACCGUCACCAAAUCCGAUCUACCACAUCCAACGAGAAACUCAUCCAAGUCAUCAAGAAUCCCAUUACCGACCACCUCCCACCCAACUGCCGCAAGGUCACUCUGAGUUUCGAUUCCGAAGUAGUCCGCGUAAGCGACUAUAUCGCGGGUCUCGAAAAGAAGGAAAGCAUCGCCGUUUUUAUCGGAGCCAUGGCAAAAGGAAACGACGACUUUGCUGAUAAAAUCAAAGACGACACGAUUGCCAUCAGCCAGUUCAACCUCAGUGCCAGCGUGGCUUGCAGCAAGUUCUGCCACGCCGCCGAGGAUGUAUGGGGUAUCUUCUAG